AUGGGGGAGGUAGACUCUGCGGCAUUGCUGGAAUGGGUAAAUUCCUUGGCAGUCGUCGGCGAGUUCAUCCAGACCUUGGAUGAGUUGGCAGAUGGCAAAGCCUUACUUCGAGUCAUGCACGAUCUGAACCCUGAUAUGUUUCCUGAGAGCGGCUCGGGAUCUGAACUGCGAGUUCUUCUGCACGGACUUCUGGAACACUUUAGGGGUCGACAGGGAUGUGCUGAGGCGGUGGCCAGAUACUGGAUUGAAGAAGGUCAUCGCACAGUCACACCAUCCUUGCUAACCCAGCUGGUGAUUUGGGCAACUUUGGACAACGAGCUUCCGAAUCACACGCAUUAUGUUCAAACGUGCCAGGAGCUCAGCGCACCAUCCGCUGCAGCAAUCGUUCUGAUAGCAGAGCGGUUCAGCCUCGACUUGGACGCGUCUCCGUUGUCCUCCAUGAUGCCUGGACUUCCUCGCAGAUCGAUUAGUGGCUUUGCUGGGUCUCCCGGUUCGGACGUGCUGCCCCGUUCUGUGUCAUCUGAGUUACAAGACUUUUUAGAAGUUGGACUGGACCCCGAAACACGGUUUCGGAGAUUGAAGGAACACUAUAUUGUCUUAAAGGAGGAGCAAGAGCGCUGGGAAGAGGAGAGGAGUCGGCUAAGCGCUGAACUUGAAUCGGAGCGCCUCAAGCGUUUGGAGGCGCAGGAGAAGGAGCGCCUUGCGCAGGCCGAGCUCCGGUUGGCCGAGGAGGCCGCCGAGCGCGCGCGAGAGGAGCAGCGCGUGUCGCUGGAGAUGAAGCUCGAGCAAAGUUUGUGGAAAGGAACAAGUGAGUUGAGGCAAAAGGAACAAGAAGUUGAACGUCUGCGGGAAGAAGUGGAGAUCUCACGGGUGCAAGCCCAGAACAACCAGAAGCUGCACUCCCAGCUGGAGAUGUACAAGAAACGGAUGGAGGAGUGUCAAGCAUGGAAGCGAGAGAAGGAUGAACUAAGGAGGCAACUGGACGAGAUUACAACAUCCAGGCAGGCAGGCUCUGGCACAAUGGAGCAUUUGCACGCUCGUCUGGCAAAUCUCAGAGACGACGUAGCGUCGGUUUCACGUGAAAGGGACGAGGCACGGCUGCAAAUCCAGAUGCUGCAAGCUCAACUUGAGCAGGCGGCACAAAAUCCUGGCCAGGAUCUUCCUCAACCAAUGCAGACAGUUGAAUCAACGAGAGGAGCCAGUGCACCCAGCGGGGUCUUGUCCAGCCAGCUCGACUCGGUAAGAGAAAGCGAGCAAGAGAAAGUUGCUCGCGAGUUAAAGACUCGACUGGACUUGCGAGAGCGGGAACUGCAGGUGCUGCAUUGGCGCGGACAGGCUGAAAGUCAUACGCUGCAAACGCAAGAAGCUUUGAUGGCGUCGUGUUUUCAUGAACUUGGCCUCCGAUACCAUCAGCUGAAAGUGCAGCACGAAGUGUUGCAGAAGCAGUUGUGCGCCGAGAAGGCAAUCAAAAUGCUUCUGUCACAAGCUUUCAUUGCAACGUAG